AUGAGAUUUGAGAGAAAGGGAAAAUUGAGUUCUCAUUUCAUAGGACCAUAUGAGAUUCUGGAAAGAGUGGGUCCAUUAGCAUAUAGGCUUGCCUUGCCUUUGGAGUUGGAUAGGAUUCAUAAUGUGUUCCAUGUAUCCAUGCUUCGAAGGUAUAGGUCAGAUCCUUCACACAUAUUACCAUUAGAGUCCAGUGAAGUUAGUCCAGAUCUUACUUAUGAUGAGGAGCCCGUGGCUAUUCUAGCAAAGGAAACAAAGCAGUUGAGGAAUAAGCAAAUUUCUCUGGUGAGGUUGUUAUGGAGGAACCACUUCAAAGAAGAAGCCACAUGGGAACGCAAAGAGGAUAUGAGGAGAUAA